CUGACGAAAAUUAUUCAAAGCUCUUCCUCUUCUGCUUUUUCCGUAACGCGCUUUCUCCGGCCCCACUCCCUCUCUUCUGCUCACGCGUUCGCCGGCGGAGCUCGACCUCCGAUCUCCAUCGACGCUCCGGACGGGACUCCGACGACGAGCUCCCGCUCCCCCUCCCGUCGCUCGCUCCCGAAUCGAGGACGGCUCGCUCCGCAGGAUGGUCGCGGCGUCUCGCGGGGACGGAGCGUCGCCGUCGCGGCGGCGAUUGAACGCCGACAAUGGCUAGCGAAGCAGCGCAACCACGAUUGACCGCGAUCGCCGACGGCCGCCGCCUCGUCGCACGACGCUAGCCCGAUACUUGGCUUCCCGUUUCUCCCGUCGCCCCGCGCGGUGCCGUGUUUUUCUGUCGUUCUCUGUAAUUGAUGUCGCAGAAGCGGCAGAAGGAGGAUGGCGCUCAUAGCCCCCGGGAUAAGCGUCGUCGGCUUCCUACCUUAAGGCAUGUUAUUUCGGAAGUAAUGAGGAAGCAGCGCGUGCAAAAUUUCUUGGAGCAAAUUCUGGAGCCUUUGGUUCGUAGAGUGGUUAAGGAGGAAAUCGAGGCUGCUCUGGGAAAUCAUUUUACUGCAAUGAGUAGGAGUUGCGAGAAAGAGGUGCAUCCUUCUGAAUCAAGAAGCUUACAGUUACAAUUUUUAAAUGGUCUCUCUCUUCCAUUAUUUACUGGUGCUCGACUUGAGGGUGAUGACGGUUCUAAGAUGAAGGUAGCUCUAGUGGAUGGUUUUACUGGGCGAAUUGUUGAUACUGGCCCUGAAUCAUCUGCCAAUGUAGAAAUUGUAGUUCUUGAGGGAGAUUUUGAUGGAGAUGAAGGCAGCAAGUGGACAGUUGAAGAAUUUGAGAAUAAUAUUGUUAGAGAGAGGGAUGGAAAGAGACCCCUUCUUACAGGGGAUGGAGUUGUGAAACUCAAAGAUGGAGUCGGCUUAGUUGGUGAAAUUGUCUUUUCAGAUAACUCAAGCUGGACAAGGAGCCGCAGGUUUAGACUCGGGGCAAGAGUUAUGGAUAAAUUUGAAGAGACUAGGAUAAGGGAAGCAAAAACAGAAUCUUUUGUGGUCAAGGAUCACCGGGGAGAAUUGUACAAGAAGCAUCACCCUCCUGCUCCGUUAGAUGAUGUGUGGAGAUUAGAGAAGAUUGGCAAAGAUGGAGCUUUUCAUAAGCGUCUCAGUGAGGCUAAUGUCAACACUGUGAAAGAUUUCUUGAUCCUACUCUCUGUUGAUCCUUCAAGGCUCCGAACUAUUCUUGGUGCUGGUAUGUCUCGUAAAAUGUGGGAAGUUACUGUUGAGCACGCCCGAACUUGUUCUCUGGACCAGAAAAUAUACUUGUACCGCCCUCCCUCCUCAGAGCCAAAGGCUGGUGUUCUCUUCAACAUGGGAGGGCAAGGGAUGGGAAGGCUUUCUGAUGAUAAAUAUAUUCCCUCGGAGAAGCUAUCCGAAGCUGAAAAGGCUGAUGACAACGACAUGGUAAUAUCCGCAAGGCAACACUGGGAGGACGUAGUCGCUUUUGGUGAUGAAUCUUGUCCAACCGGGCUUUUGAAUACAAACAGUGCCCUUUGUAGCCCGAGCUCGCCUGGGACCUCCAGUUCUGGUAGUUUAAGGCUUCUGACGAGGAAUCAGAUCGGUGGAUCUGAUUAUGCACAGCGGCACAUGUCUUCACCAAAUACCUUUUCAUCUAUCUUUACCAUGGAUGAUUAUUCCUUUGAUUCUUUAGACGAUGUGGAUCUUAGAUUCAAUCAGUCUUCAACUAUCUCUGGUCUAAUCGUCGACCCGUUGAUUCAUGAUCCCGGCCCGUUGAGCCAAAGUUUUGCCGAUGAGGAACAUUUUCAGUUUUUUGACACACAAAGUCGUUCUCGUUCACCGCUUCUAUCUGAUGCCCAUGACAAAGCUCAGAGGAGAUGGAGAAAGCUUUUCAGCAUCUUCAAGUGGUUCUCCAUAAGAAAACUUGUGCUCAAGAGAAAAUCAUGCGCUGCAUCUGGAAUUCAAGAUAUAUUAUGAGGAUGUACAUAUACCUUGUGAUAGAACCUCAUUAGAUGCUGCUGGCUUAAAGUGCAGCGGCUCGGGUGCGCUAGCAGAUGUACAGCUGGUGCUUACGAACUUGUGGCUGUGUUCGGUUUUCCCGAAUCAAGUGCAUAAUUUUUCUUCCGGAUACAAAUCCGACAUACUCAUCGUCGGCAAUGACGGCUUAGCUUGGAGCCGCUUUAAUUUGUGUACAAGCUGCUACCUGAUAUUUGCAAAUUCUCAAAAAUUCAAAAUAAAAGAUGUCAAUGGGUGAUUUGUGUCCAGAA